AGAGCUACAUAAAGAAAGUGAAACUUUUUUAGAGAGAUAGAAAGAACAAAUAACAGAAAUUAACACGAAGAAUAAACGAAACAUUAAUUUGUGAUUUUAUUAAUAAUUAUUCUAUUAUAUACAAUAUAAUAAUUAGUUUCUGAUUUGAUAAUCAGGUUUAAAUUCGCGUGUAGGAUGCGUGUUUGUUCUGAAUUGCAUUGCGUGAAUCCAGCAUAGAUCUAAGGAUCGAUUAGGCUGAAAGAAUACUGGUUUGAGUGAAACAGAUGUAUCUCCUGAUGUAGUUAAACGACCUUCUUGUUUCCAUUGUAUUAGUGUAUCGGUUUAGUGUUUUCCUUUCCUAGCCACAGGAUUUGUGGGUGGUGGUAUUGCGAUCCUGUUUUGUGUUUGGUGAUCCUUUUUUAAUCAUUUUGAGGGCGCUUUGAGUUUGGUUUGCGACGUUAGGGCUGUGAGAAAAAUCCAUUGUUUCCUUCCCUUUGGUAAUGUCUCGACAGUCUCGUAACUUGGAAAGCCCAGUUCAAACCCAAAUGGCUGUAGCAGCUUUUAGCAGUCCCCUAGGGAAGGAGUACCACAGAACAGAUGGGAUGGUAGGGGUGAAAUCGUCAGGAAGGAGGCGAGUUUUUGUUCAAACUGAAACUGGUUGUGUGUUAGGAAUGGAGUUAGAUCGAAGUGAUAAUGCUCAUACAGUUAAAAGAAGGUUACAGAUUGCGCUUAAUGUCCCGGUUGAUGAAAGUUCUUUGACUUUUGGAGAUAUGGUGUUGAAGAAUGAUCUUAGUGCUGUCCGUAAUGAUUCACCUCUUCUCUUAACACGAAAUUCAAUACAUAGAAGCUCUUCAUCUCCUUGCUUAUCCCCAACUGGUAGGGAUAUGCAACAGGGAGAUCGGAGUGGUCCAAUUGAGAUCUUGGGGAAUGCUAGUAGCUUCAACAAAACGAAACAAAUUGUUAAGGAGAUUGUUAAAGCGAUUAAGAUAGGUGUUGACCCGAUCCCAGUUCAAAGUGGACUUGGAGGUGCUUAUUAUUUUAGAAACAGUAGAGGUGAGAUAGUUGCAAUUGUGAAACCAACAGAUGAAGAGCCAUUUGCUCCUAAUAACCCGAAAGGGUUUGUGGGUAGAGCUUUAGGUCAGCCUGGGUUAAAAAGGUCUGUUCGGGUUGGUGAAACUGGUUAUAGAGAGGUUGCUGCUUACCUUCUUGAUCAUGGUCACUUUGCCAAUGUGCCUCCCACUGCCCUUGUCAAGAUCACUCAUUCUAUUUUCAAUGUUAAUGAUGGUGUAAGUGGAAACGGCAGUCACAACAAGAAGCCUCAUAAUGCAAAGAAAUAUUUUAGCAAGCUUGCAUCUUUCCAGCAGUUUAUCCCUCAUGAUUUUGAUGCCAGCGACCAUGGAACUUCAAGUUUUCCCGUUGCUGCUGUUCAUCGUAUAGGUAUUUUAGACAUACGUAUUUUUAACACUGACAGGCAUGCAGGGAAUUUGCUGGUCAGAAAGGUUUCUGAUGAUGAUGUCGGGAGAUUUAGUCAAGCUGAGCUCAUACCUAUCGAUCAUGGUCUCUGUUUGCCCGAAAAUUUGGAGGAUCCGUAUUUUGAGUGGAUCCACUGGCCACAAGCUUCAAUCCCGUUUACAGAUGAAGAACUCAAAUACAUUAAAGAUCUUAAUCCAUAUCGUGAUGCAGAAAUGCUGAAAGCCGAACUUCCUAUGAUUAGGGAGGCCAGCCUUCGUGUGUUAGUUCUCUGCACAAUUUUCCUCAAAGAAGCUGCUGGUUAUGGGCUUACACUUGCUGAGAUUGGCGAGAUGAUGAGUCGGGAGUUUCGUCGUGGUGAAGAAGAACCUAGCGAGCUUGAAGUGUUGUGUCUAGAUGCAAUGAAAUUGGUAGGCGAGAGGGAAUGGGAGAUGUCUGUUUUAUCCUCUAAAACCGAAGGAGAAGAAGAUUCUAUCCAGUUUGAAAUUGAUUGUGAUGGUCCCGUCUUUGACAUAAAUGAUGAAUUUGUGAGCCCCACCCCAGCAUCCCACUUCGGAUCUGGACGAAAUCCAUUUUCUAAACAUUAUGAAACCAUUGAAGAGGAAGAUGAAGAUGAUGAAGAACAUACGGGGAAUGUUGGAAUUCACGCACCAGGAAAGCUACCUUUGUUAACAAGCCAGUCAAUGUUGCUGAAGAAUAACUUAUUCACAGCUCAUAACUUGAAGAGUCUAAAGACAAAAACAGAAAACAAGGGUUAUUAUGUAUUUGGAGCAGUGAAUUCAUCAUCUGGACAUAGGAGUGCAAGUGAGCAGCUUCCCGCUAGUGUUAAUUUUGUGAAGUUGGCAGACAUGAACGACGAAGAAUGGGGGCUUUUUCUAGAGAAGUUUCAAGAGCUGGUUUACCCAGCAUUUGCAAACCGCAAGUCGGCAGCUGCUGGGCAGAGGCAGCGACAGAGGCUUGGAACUUCUUGCCAGUUUUGAAAGAGUGUUUGCAGGUAUAACUUGACUUGUAGUCUAUGUAACGAGAGUUUGACUUUGAAUAAGGGGAGUAGUUACUAGUUAGUCUGGUUAGUAAAUAUUGCUAAAGAAAGAGUCGACUGAAUGAGAGGGUGUGGUUUAGAACAUAAAAGAGUUUUAAUUUAUAUGUAUCUUUGACUUGUUUUUAUAAAUCAUAUGUAGCAUGACAAUCCGAAAGGGUCUAGAAAGGAAGAAAAGAAAUGAAAAGUUUAUUGUAAAUAUAUAUCAUCUGGUUGGUUUGGUUUGUUUGUAUCA